ACUCAAUUAGCAUCAUGAGCUCCAUCCGGCGCAUGUCGCCCCUCGACAUCUUCAACCUCAACCAGACCAACCUCGACCCCCUCACCGAGAACUAUGACCUGGGUUUCUACCUCAACUACAUGAUGCGCUGGCCGUCGCUCUUCAGCGGGGUGACGGACCGGCGGGAUGGGAUUGUUGGAUAUAUCAUGGGCAAGCUCGAAGAACAACACCCCUCCAUGCGUCACUCGGAACACUACACCCCCUGGCACGGCCACAUCACCGUGCUGACCGUUGCGCCCGCCUGGCGCCGACUCGGCCACGCGCGCCGUCUGACCGAGCGGCUCGAGAGCGGCUCCGAUAUCAACGACGCUUGGUUUGUGGAUCUUUAUGUGCGGGCGGGCAAUAAGAUCGCGGUGGAUAUGUAUAAGGGGAUGGGAUACUCCGUCUUCCGCAGAGUCGUCAAUUACUACAGCGAUGAUCCGUCGGGGAUGUCCGAGUCGGGCGAGGACGCCUACGAUAUGCGCAAGCCGUGCAGUCGGGAUAAGAAGCUGGAGCAUGUGAGGGACAAGGGAGAGGACUUUUUGGUGAGUCCGGAGGAUGUGUCUUAGCUCAAGUUGAGCGGGGAGUGUUUCUAGCAUUGGGAGUUUGGUUCUUUUGGGGUUUCUGCAGCAUAGUUUAGAAUUCAUAUAUACGUGGCAUUAUAGCAUUAUAUGGCAU